AGGACGGCGUGAUGGUUCUCAGCGCGACUCACCGAUACAAAAAGAAGUAUGUGACCACUCUCCUCUACAAACCAAUAUAACCCACAGAGCCACGACUCUUAUUCUGAAAUAACAAUAAUAAUAAUCAGUUUGCUGCUUUGAUUGUUAAAACUGGACCUAAAAAUCAGUUUUUUACCCUCCUGUAACUUGUAAUUUUGUAAAUGUUAAACUUUCUGUUUGUCAGUUAAUAAUUAAUUCCAACCGUGACUUUAUGUUUUUAUAUUUUAACCUGAUUCGUCGUCAGACUUUUAGUUGAUAACGAGACCAAAUCUGCCUGAACUCCUCGUUAACCUUUGACCUUUUGACGGUUGAGUUUAAACUGAACUUUUGUAUUUGCUCCCAUUUUUCAAAAUAAAAGACCUUUUAUUGUGUAGUCGAGGCACAGCUGGCCAUUGAUCGUGUUGUUUGGUCAGCGUCUAAAGCUAACGGACUGAGACCACUGAAGGUUUCCGUAUGUAAGCGAACAGACACGAGGACGCAGGUUGAAAUUCAAUUUCUCACAUUUUAUUAAAAAUAUUCCUUCUUUUGUUUUUCUUACAAAAUCAAAAUCAAGUUUUCUUUAUUAUAAAUGAAUUAAAUUUUAAAGUAAUUUGCAUCA